CUUCUCUUACCUACCACCUACCUACAUCCACCGAACAACCAAAAUGCAUCUUUCCAUUCCCACUUUAUUACUUCUCCCCCUCAUCCCAGGAGCCCUCACUGCUUCAUUGGACAUUCUCCGUCCGAGAAAGUGGGACCUCCGCCUCUUCACGCCCGGCUGCAACCCCAACACCACCUCCUUCGAACUAUCUGUUUUCCACACCCAGGGAGUCACAGUUACAGCAGCGGGAUGUAACCUUCUGGAUAGUAGCGUGAAUGUUUCCUCCGUGGAUAGUUUCUCGUGGAAGAGUCCCGGGGCGACGCGCUAUGAUUUAUGUCUUUAUGAGAGGUGUGAGGAGGGGGAUGGGACUGCGAAUGGGAAUGGGAAUGGGACGGGCAGGGUACAGGCUGUGAG